GAAAAUGGGAAAAUUUCGUUCAAAACUAAAGCGCCAUUCCAAGGGGAAAAAUUGGAGCAAAGGACAUUCGUCCACCUCAAAUCCCGAGCAGAUGAAACAUCGUCUCAAGGCAAAGUCGAGAUUUUUUCAACCAAAUUUGAGUUUGGCCCCCAAAGAGGAGGAGAAAAAUCCCAACUCUCUGACAUUGGAAGCCGUGUUAAAACAUGAACAACGUUUGGCUUAUAAUGCCGAAACGACAACAGUUAAUGAUGUUGCUGGUAGUUUGAAAUCGUUCAGCAUAACCGAUGAAGAUGAAGACUUAAUGUCCGAGUCACAGGGUGGUGGCACCUUUAAGACAUUUAAAACAUUUGCCUCCAACUACAGUACUUGUAGUAAUAUGAGUUUUAAAAAACUGUUGAUUGGCUUUCGGGCCUCUUCGGAUUUACACAAAGAAAUGUUGGCUAUUUUAACCGCACUCACGGAAAUCAUUAAAGAACGUGGCGGCACUGAAUCAUCAACAGAAUAUUUCCUCUUGUUGAUGGAACAAAUUGAAGCCAGUACUGAGGAUAAAGAUAUUAUAGCGGGAAUUUCUUUAUUGGGUAUGGGGAUCAAAUCGGUACCGGCUGCUGUUUUAAGAAAACGUUUCAGUGAAACUGCCCAGACACUGAUGUCGUGUAUGCAGCGUUUCAUCGAUUCACCCAAUCAGAAUAUAAUGAAAUAUAUAAUUGGCUGCUUAUCGGUAUUGCUAAGGGCCCAGGAUUACAUGACCUGGACAUAUUCCUCCACCUGGCAGUAUAUUGAUACUUUACUAUCAUUUUGCAUACAUUCUAAGCCAAAGAUCCGCAAAGCAGCCCAACAUGCCAUUGUCUCCAUUAUACAUGGCAGUUCAUUUAUGUUACCACCCAAACCCAAAGAUGAUGAGGCAGAAGAUGGCGAACCCGAAACCCAACCCGAACAGCCACAAAUUAAAGCCCAUCCAGCCAGUAAUCGUGUAACCAAAUUCUGUCUCAAUCAAUUUAAGCCGGAAGUUUUGGCCCAACAACAAACCACAGUUUUGCAUACCCUGUCACUGUUAAAAGAAACCAUUAGCGGUUUUAAAACCGAUGAUAUUCGUAAUGUCUGCGAACAUCUGCUAUCGAUUAUGACGGCAUCUAAUAUUUUGGUACGCACAAAUUGCCUUCAGACUUUACACGCCCUCUUCCUUUCACGCACCACAAAUUUGAAUGGUGUCAUGUGUGCCAAACUACUGGCAGCCAUACAUGAAUAUCGUCCCGAUCGUUCCGAUUUUAGGCAAACUCUUGCCUGGAUUACCGUACUCAAGGAGGGUCAUGUUCAUUUGGCCCAAUUGGAUUUGAAUUUGUGUGUUAAUGCUUUACCCCGCCUGGUGGAGAUUUUAAGUGGCGAUCUCUGGCUUUCGGAUCGAAGUGAAAUAAUUAAUGGUGUCUCAAAUGCCAUUAAGGAGCUGCUGUAUGAAUGUGUCAAGCCUGCCUGUGAGACAGAAGAAUUGGCCAACAUUUACCGAGUGGCCAUCACGAAAAUCAUUGCCUCCGUGCACAAAGUACUGAGUGCUCCCUUUGGUGAAGUUGCCAAAUAUGUGGUGCUGACCUUCUCCAUAAUCUUUGAGGUGUGCGGAAAAUAUUUCAGCAAAGAAUUAUCCCCAUCCCUGGUGGAGUUGGCCAAACGUUAUGAUACCCAAAGUGCAUUGCGUAUACAAAUUGAACACAGCAUUAUUGCGGCCAUUAAAUCAAUGGGUCCGGAGCAUGUUUUAAAAUCCAUACCCCUAACCAAUGCCAAGGGUGAUGUGGUAUUGGAAAAGUCAUGGCUUUUGCCAUUAUUGCGCGAGGGUGCCACAGGAGCUACAUUUAAAUUUUUUAAAGAAGUUAUUUUAGCCUUGGCCUUGGACUGCAAUGUCAAAUGGCAUAAAUUUGCCGAAGAAAAAGAUGUACCCAUGGCCCAUACCUAUGAAUUGUUGUGUUGCCAAUUAUGGGGUCUGUUUCCUGGUUUUUGUCGUGUACCCAGAGAUCCAGAAAACUUUAGACUGAUCGCCCCCACAUUGGGUAAUGCAUUGGAUAAUAAUCCUGAAUUUAGGGCUCCAAUAUUUGAUGGUCUCAUUGAGCUGAUACAAAAUGAGGAACAAACAGUGGUCCAUGAGCUCUUGGGAAAAUAUGCCAAAAACUUUUUGCCACGACUCUUUAAUAUCUAUACACAGAAGCCGAAUGGUACCUAUGAACAGGACUUGCGUAAGAAAUCAUUGGAAGUUAUUAAGCUCUAUUUGACCAAAACCCCUGGUGAUAUGCUCAAAGAACUCUAUGAAACAGCCUAUAAACAAUUGCAAGCCACCUCAGUGGGAACAUUUGAAUAUGAUUCGAUUUUUGAUAUAACAGCCGCCUUGGUUCUAUUCCAAACCUGUGAAGUGAUACGUGAAUUCUUUGAGAGCUAUAUUGUCCCAGUGCUAAUGAAAGCUGAAAAAUCCAAAUUGGUUACCAAGGAUGAACAGAAACUGAAGAAGCAACAACGCAAGACCUAUGAGUUAUUGCGUGAUAUUCUCACCUCAGAGGCUGCUUCAUGUCAAAAAUUCACAAGGAAAAAUUUGGUACCCUUGCAGAAGGUACUCAUUGAGGCCUUUACCACCAGUUGUGCUGUGUGUCAGGCAGCACGUUUGAAGUGCCUGAAAAUCCUCAUUGAAACCCGUAAAGGUCUCACCUAUAGCGAUAAAAUUGUCACCAAGACCCUGCCCGAAGCCAUACUCAAUUACAAAGAAUUUUCAACACGCAAAGAAAAUGUUUCAGAAGAAAUUCUUAAACUUAUUUUAAAUCUCUAUCAGGAGGCAGAAAAACUCAAUGAUUUUGUAGAUAUCUUAACUGCUGGCUUUGCUGGCGAUGAAUCGCUAAUCACCAAUACCAUAUUGGCAUUCCGUACAGUAUUGGCAACACAUGGCAAACAUUUAACUGUUAGUACAUUGGAAUUUAUUAUGGAACAGAUUGCGGUAUUUUUGGUACAAAAAUCCAGAUCUCAGGCAGAGGCCUCAGUGGCUUUCCUCAUCACAUUCAUUAAGGUUAUGCCCACACCAUUGGUGGCCAAUCAUUUGGAGACAAUUAUGAAAUCUCUUUCGGCCAUGGUCAAGGAUACCAAACGUUAUUGUCGCAUACAAAUCGGUUAUUUGUUGAAGAAACUCUGCAAACGAUUUACCGCGGAAGAUUUAAUUAAAUUUGUACCCGGUGAUGAUGAGGUGACACAUCGUCGCCUCAGAAAGAUUCGCAAGCAGCUGAGACGUGAUAAUCGUAAGAAACAAUCCGAAGAGGCUGGCAAAGACAGUGAUGAUGAGGCUUCGGAAGAAGAGUUUGUCAGUGGUCUGGAGAAGAAGAGUGUUACAAUUGAUGACAUUUUGGCUGACUCUGAUUCUGAUUUACCCGAAGAUAUGGAUGAAGAUGACACACCCGCCCAUGAUAAAUCGAAAUCGAAAAAAGAUCGCGACACCUAUAUACGUGAAGAUCCUGAGGAUAUUGUGGAUUUGGCAGAUAUAAAAUCAAUUGGAAAUGUUUUAACCAACCGCCCCUCAGUUGCCUCGGAGAAAUCUGGUAGCAGAACAAAAUCCAAAGAUCCCAAUCGUGGCUUUAAGGUCGCCGAAGAUGGCCGCCUUAUUAUCGAUGACAAAGCCUUACGUGGUGCUGGCGGUGACAGUGAUUCCGAUGAUGAUAGUGAUGAUGAUGACAUGGAUGAUGAAAUGGAUGGCUCAAAGACAGCGGUAAAACGUGGCAUGGAAGAAGAUUCCAGUGAUGAAGAAGAACUGGGCACUGCACCCAAUCGCAAACGUAAGGCUGGCGAUGCAAUGAGUAUGCGUUCGGGUAAAACAUCUGCCUCACGCUACACAGCCGGUGGCAAGGGUAUUCACAGGCCAUUGUCGGGUGGUGGCGGCAGUGAUGCUGUAUCCAUGAAAUCCGGUUAUUCCGCCAAAUCUGGUAAAUCCUCAAAAUCACAACACACUGGAUCGGAGUACUCACACAAAAAGGCCAAGGGUGAUAUGAAGAAGAAGGGUAAAUUAGAUCCAUAUGCUUAUAUACCAUUGAGCAGGAAUACGCUGAAUAAGAGGAAACGCGCCAAACAUGCUGGUACAUUUAAAAAUAUUGUUACGGCUGCCCGUAAAGGUGCCCUCAAGGGUGUUAAAAGUAAAGUCGCCAAGGCGUAUAAGAAAUAA